AUGUUGACGACAACCUGCGCAGCACUUUUGACUCGCCUGAUUCAGCUCACACUUAAGGAUAAAAUCAACUUCAACUUUGUUUGCAACUGCGGCUUUGCUUCUGGCGUGGACAUGUGCAAUAGUCUCAAUUACAUCGAGAGUCAGAUUAGAUCUACGGUUUCUAUGCUAUCUCCAUUGUUGCUGCGGCGAUCAAUCAGGCAUUUGAAUGGACAGCCUCAGUUUAUUUCAUUCUGUGUUUACUUGACUGCCCUUUGUGUUGGACGGCCUACUUCUACCUCUUCAAAUACAUUUUAUUUUGAUGCUAAUAUUGAGGAAAAGGAAUGGGAGAAGCCUACGGCUUAUGGUCAAGCCAACCUACUGCCUCGUCUCUGUUCUGCAUUUUUGGAUCCUAUCAUCAUGAAGGGCUUUGGCCGGCCCUUGGUAGAUGCCGAUAUUACCAAUAUAAUGCCCCGGCGCAUUAGAACUGUCUACAGCUAUGCCCUCAUCUCGGCAGCCUGGGACCGCCAUCUGCAAAAGCGCCGCAAUGCUUCCAAGAAGACGCCUUCACUGCUCUAG